AUGAACUUGGAAGGCUCGGCGAUGGACAAUCCCACAUGUGGCCUUGUGGCCGCAAGACAAUGCUUAUUCGGGAACCUGAAUGUCCUUGGACAAGCCUCUAUUUCCUGGCACCGUCUGGACCUCCGCGUCCCUGAGUAUGAAGCACCUAUCUAG